UGUGCUCUCCGGGUAGCAAUGGCAACAGACUUGAUGCAACUUUAUUUCAUCUAGAGCAAUCAAAGAAAGCAAAGUAUAAAGCAGUUUUCUAAUGUAAGGGAUAAGUGUGUACAUUGCAGCUUUCUUUGGAAAAUGUCCCAGGAAUGUUUAGUUUCUGUAGAAGAAAUCCGUUCUUGGUGGGAAGUACCCGCCAUAGCGCACUUCUGUUCCCUGUUCAGGACUGCUUUCAAUUUGCCAGACUUUGAAAUUGAGGAUCUUGAAGAUGCGCUUCACAAGCAGGACAUUGACUUUCUGUUUGAUCUCAUCUCUUGUCUUCUUCAGGGCUGCUAUCAGCGCACAGAUAUCACGUACGCGACGUUCCAGCGGUACUUGGAAGAUAUCAUCAAUUACCGAUGGGAGCUGGAGGAAGGGAAGCCCAACCCCUUGAAGCAGGCUGUGUUCCAGGAGCUGCCCCUUCGCACCCAGGUGGAGCUCCUUCACCGGCUCUGCGAUUACAGGCUGGACGCUGCCGACGUCUUUGAUCUGUUAAAGGGCCUGGAUGCCGACAGCUUGCGGGUGGAGCCUUUGGGAGAAGAUGGUGAUGGCGCCCUCUAUUGGUAUUUCUACGGAACACGCAUGUACAAGGAGCAGCCGCUGAAAGGGAGGACAGCACAAAGGGAAGAUGCUGAAGUUGAAGAAAAGCCAGUCAAACGAAGGGGCAGACCACCAAAAAAACAAAAGUUAGAAGCUAAACGACUGAGCGAGUUGGUGAGUGAACACAAACAAGAGAAUGGCACUGGAGGUUUGCAGACAGAUGCUGCAGAGUGCGAGCGAGGGGCCUGGUCGCUGGCCUGUGCCACGGAGGAGGAGUGGCAGAGCCUGGCAGAGAGCAUAAAAGAAAAACCUUCUUCUAAAGACAGGCAGCUCUACAAACUGAUCAGUGAAAACUUCCUCCCAGAAAUCAGCAGCAUGAUUGUGUACAAGGAGAAGCAGCGCCAGGAGAGGCUGUCUCAGACAACCCCCGUAAGGAGUUCAGAGCGGCUGGUUGUCAAGCGCAUCUUACUGGAGGAGGAGGAGACUAUGGUGGCCAUCGCAGAGGUGGAGGAGCAGAAACGCAGGGACGAGGAGAUGGACCGGCAGCUGGUGCUGGCAGUCCAGAGGAGAGAGCAGGAGAAGCUGCAGGAGGAGGAGAGGAGGCAGGAGAUGGAGGAGAAAGUCAAGGCUGUUGAAGAGCGUGCAAGGAGAAGGAAGAUGAGAGAGGAGAAGGCCUGGUUACUGUCCCAGGGGAAGGAGCUUCCCCCAGAGCUACUCAAUCUGGAUCCCCACUCGCCUGUCAGGAGAGCAGGGAGAACCCGAGACAUAUUGGAGCUGGAUGAGGAUUACACAGCUCUGUAUAAAGUUUUAGAUGCUCUGAAGGCACACAGAGACUCCUGGCCCUUUAUGGAACCUGUGGAUGAAGCCUACGCCCCAAAUUACAAUGAGAUCAUUGAGACUCCUAUGGACCUGUCCACCAUUGAAAAGAAGCUCAAUGAAGGCUUGUAUAUCUCUAAGGAGGUGUUUGUGACGGAUGUGAAGAUCAUGUUUGAAAACUGCCAGGAAUACAACGGAGAAGACAGUGAGUACACGAAGAUGGCGGAGGCCCUGGAGGGCUGCUUCAACAAGGCCCUGCUGAAGCAUUUCCCCUUGGAGGAGGCGGACACGGACGAGGAGUUCAGGGUGCACUCAGAGGAGCGGGAUAGGAAGGAGCGCCGGAGGAGCCGGUUGCAGCGCCAGGGGGGCCUGGAGACCCUCCCCAAGAUGAUGGACCAGGCCCUCCGCAGAAAGAAGACCCCCGGCAAACCCCAGAACCACCGCCUCACCCCUCCCCCUCCGCUCACUCCUGCCUGGAUGAAUGGACCAGCGAACAACCAGGGCUUCCCCCACACCCUGCCCUACCCCGGGGGCCUGUCUACAGUGCAGGCAGCCUCGCCCAUGUACCAGCCGCCACACGCAAUGCAGAGACCCCCUGCCCCAGGAAUGUUCGGGCCUCGUCUCGGUUUGGAUCAGCGCUUCCCAUUCCACCCGCAGAGACUGCCGGAGCCUGGGCACCAGCAACUACCUCAGCACUUUCCCAUACAGCCCUCUCCAGGAAUGAAUGAGCCGUGUGCACCCAGGCUAAUGGGACCCGAAUUCAAGCAGCAGCAGCAGCCUCCUUAUGUUGGCCCAACCCACGGGCCCUCACUGGGCCCCCGUCCUACUGCACUGCAAUCAGGGGGCCUGUGCACCCCUCCUCCAGAGGCCAGCAUGUACCCCUCCCAGCAGUACCAGCCUGGCUACAUCCCGCUCCGGCCUGAAGGCAUGCUCAGACAUCCUGGGGGAGUUGCUCCUUUCAACGCUGGCCCACCAGGCCCCAUGUAUGCCCGUUUCCGACACCCGAAUGGCACCCAGUCGCCCAUGUGGUCAGGAAUGAACGGUGUGCCCCAAGAGAGACUGGCAGCUCCUGCGGGAGGAGGGGAGCCCAAUCCUAGCGGUGCACCCCAAAUUCAAAUCCCGCCUCAACAACACUCCUUCAACACCAUGAUGGACCCCAGCGUGAUCCGGCCACCGAAGCAGUGGCCAGACCAGCAGCCUGGCUACCUACCUCACAGCAACCAGCCUGGGGAUUACUACAGACUUCCAGCUGGGGUCAGCCCUCAGGGACCCAACCCUCCGAGGAUGCUGCCUCAGCCAGCUUCUUACCUGAGACCCCCCGCUCCGCCUCCUCCUCCUGCUCCUCAGGAGCACAGGGUGCACUUGGCCUCCAUGCUGGACAGCCCCGAAAUGAUUGCCCUGCAGCAGCUGUCUGCUUCCUCCCGGCUCCUAGGGGGCCCCCCUCUACUACAGACCCCACAGCACCCAGGGACAUUCCAACAGCCGCAUCGGGGUCACCCAUCCCAGCCGCAGGCUCAACCGCCUGAAAUACAGCAACUGAAACCAGCUAGAAAGAGCCUGGUUGAGGCACCUGUCUCUGAUGAUGCAUUCAUGAAAGGAAUACCACCAAGUGAGCCCAAGUUUGCUGACCCCAUCCAGAACCCCAGUGCUGGUCCCGUUCCUAUGGAAACAGACAGGAAGGCUCCCAUCUGUCCUGAAGAACCCCCCCAAAGGCUGAACCCCCCUGCUCCUGAGAGGGGCAGUGAAGCCCAGAAUAGCCUUCGAGAGCCAGUAGAGAACCAAGCAGGACAGCGGGAUGGCAUUGCCCAGGAGGGAAGAGAGACUGAAAAGAGAGAAAGCGAGGGAGCAGCAAACCAGCCAAACAUGAAUGAGAACAAAGCAGAUCACACCAGAGACUCCACUGCUAAAACAGAGAAACUGGAACCUGCCUCUAGAAGCCAGAAGCAUGCAACGGCCAACUGUGCCCCUAAACAUCCUGGAAACGUAGGGAUCACGUAUCCUAACCGGGAUGUCAAAGAUCAAGGCUUGAAUGUUCCAGCAGAGAGUCAAGUGAUGGGCAACAGAGGACCAGGGUCUCAGAACUCUGCAGCUUUGCCCUACGGACAUAUCCAGGAGAAUGUUUCCCAAGGCCAGUAUAAGCUCAGCAGUCCCAGGCAUGGCAUGUAUGGCAUGCCAAUGGGUCAGCCAAUGCAGGUUCCCAAUCGUCAGCCAUUCCCUGGUCAGAGUGUCCCUCAGAAUCUACCUCCUCAGCGUGGUCCAGCAGCCUAUCCCCAGUUCCACCACCAGACAGCUGCCUACCCUUACCACAUGGCUUCUCAGAACCAAGGCUCCCCCAACAUGUUCCACCAGUACCGCCAGCCCCAUUACUACCCACACCCCCAGGGCAGCAGUGGUGGCGGCUUCCCAGCUGAAGACUGGCAGGGACCUCCCUACCACCCUCGCAACCCCAUUCCCCAAACAGCUUACAUGCCUGCCCCCAACACAAACGGGAAUGGGCGACUACGAGAGAGCAGCAUCUCUCCACAUGGCUCAGAGAGUUCAACAGGCAGCCUUGUCUCCCCGAACCUGAUACCAGAAAGAACAAGAAGCAGCUCUGUGGAGAACAGGGAUCUAGCAAGUCCCAUGAAGCCAAGUGGUUUGGGAGACCAGCAGGACAGGCCAGAUAGCCCCAAAGAGAUCCUGGACCUGGACAGCCAUAACGCAGCCGCCAGGAGACGUAGCGCCCAACUCCCUGCCCCCAGGUUCAUGUACGACCCUCGCACAGUGCAUCCUGGGAUGGUUGGCAGUGGUGGUGGUCCUCCACGCAUGAUGGCACAUCCGUCGUCGUCUUAUGCCUCCCGCCCAUUUACCCACAGUCCGUACACGGCACAGAGGCCACAACACUCUAUGAUGCACGCCAUGCAGCACCCUGGCCAUGUGGCCUUUCCCCAGGGGCAGCCCAGAAUGCCUAUGUACGGGCACUCGGAUGAAAGAAUGGGCCACUUCCAAGGCAUGAUGAUUCAGCAAAGAGCAAUGGGGCCAACGCAAGAGCAAUACCUGCACUCUGGCAGACAAUUGACUGCAAGUUCAGCAGUCAUUCUCUCUGAAAACAGGAGCUCUACCAGCAAGCAAGGGGUCUGAGUGGAGCUGAGCAGACCUUCGAAGCAUUACUGAGCUGAGAGAAGGUGAUGAAGAGGAUAUGGGCUUGAGUGCCUCGCUCUCCUACCGCCCAGCCUUGGCAGCUAAGUGUGGUCGGGUUAAAGCAUUGUGUGACUUUUCACGUUCCAGUGUCCCCUCUUAUACCAGAAGUUGUUUUUAUUGUCAAAAGUAUUAGUGUUAGGCUUUUUGAAACGGGGGUGGACUAUUGGGAGGAAAAAACUAAAGGUUUGAAGUGCCUAAAAUGGCAAAUCUUACGACGAAUGAUACUAGUUCAUUGUGCCAACUUACCAUUUGCAGUUCAAGAAUCAUCUUUUAAUGUGUUGAGUUCAGUGACAGACAUGUCGUGAAGAAUACAUUUAAUUAAGAAACCAGAUAUUACAUACCUGUACCAAGUCGAUUGUAUGCAAGUGUCUACCUGCAAUUCUUACUGAUUUUACGUCUUUCUACGGCCCUAAAUUAACACUGAGAAAUGAAAUAAAACAAUGCAUUAAAACAAGGUCCAGAAAUAAGAAGCAAGUCAGCUAGCCCAUCCAAGCCAAACCAGAUCUCCCUGUCCAUUUACAAAGCCGCUGUCUGAUUUGGUUCUGUUUAGGUGUGAAUUUCUUUUCCUGGCUGGGGAAAAGAAGAAGAUUGUUACUACAACACUUUUGCAAAUGUUAAUCUCAGGUCUAUUUAAAAAGGUACUUUUUUUAAACUGUAGAAUUGUUCUUGUGGUUCAGAAACCAGUUAACAGAAAAUUACAGUUGCCUUUUUUCUUCUUUUGAAUGUACUUUGUAAAUAGUAGCUAGAUUGUGUAGCAAUACUCUGUGAAAUAAGCACUGUAAUAAAAUGUAAAAAAUAUAUUUGUUUGUUUUGUUUGGAUCAUCCAGAAUACCUGUCCGCAAAGAAUUCUGAACCCUGUUUUAAAACUGGUGAACUAACCAGAUAUCAAUUCCAGAUCAGUACAUUCAUGGAAAACAUGAUCAUUAAUGAAAAUGUAUGAAAAUGCUGUCUUGAGCUCUCAGAUCUUUUGACAAAGCUGCGUCUUUCUACUGGCAGAUGAAACAUUGCAUCCUGCUUUUCAUCCCCCGAGGAGCUAGUGUCUUAAUGACAUUUUUUUCUUUUGUUUUCUACUGUUCCCUUAUCUUAUGAUGUUAAUCGUUCUGAGGGAUUCUUACUGCAAUUACUCUCAUGCUUUUUGAUAGCAUUGUGUUAAAAUGCUUUAGUUAUGAGUUCUGGAGCUGAUCUGCAGUUCCACUUGCCUCCCGUAGAUGUAUGAAAUGUAGACCUGAUCAACGAGGUAUAUUGCGAGAGAUAACUAAAGGAAUGUCUCUGUCUCUUCCAUGUGAUCUGUCCUAUGUUAUAUACUUAUAUCUGCAGCAGGCAACUAGGAAGUGACAAGCAGCUCCCCAAACCUGACAAAGUGAACCUGACUGUGUUGGUAAUUGCACGACCACUCUGAGUGAUUGCAGACAUCAAAAGGAUAGUAUAACCAAAAAAUGGAAAUUUGAAGCUACUUGCUUACUUAAUUUCCUUAUUAGUUUUGCCCUAAAUUUGUGUAGCCCAAUGAAUGUAAACAAAUUACUCUCUCUCUCUCUCUCUGUGUGUGUGUGGAUUUUUACCAGUAGAAAGCCAUGCCAUAUUUAUAUAAAGAAUAAAGCAUGACAGCUGUAAAUUGUAAGGCUAUCAACUCCUGUAGUUUUAUACAGAUGUAAUGCUAAAUGUAGGAGAAGGGACCUUGUUUGUUUGUUUUUCUUAACUGGAUAGAUAAUUAGACAGGAUUUUAAAUAACUGGGAUAGCUUUGGAACUAGUGUUUUGCUUUGGUACAGCAUUACAGCAUGGGGGUUCAACACUUGUAGUUGCUUAAAAGUGGUGUUUCAUUAUCCCCAAGUGUGUUGGCUUCAUUUAAUAAUAGGAUAAUCAAAGUAUUUGGAGGAUUUGGUGGUUUAUAAGAACAGUUUCAAUGGAUAUAAUUGGACGUUCUACUAUGGCAGUGGAUCAGACACAACCAACCCCCCCC